CAACGGCUCUGGUAAACAGGAAUUGUGGUAACCAUAGCAACUUUCGAACGCGUUCAGCCAAUCACGUCGCUAUCCUGUCGGCGUAGGUUCUCCAUAGUGACGCGCUACGCCAUCUUGCAUUCAGCGAGCGUCGAGCUCAACAGAAACGCAGUUCGCGCUCCGCCGCUACACCAAGUGAGAUCUCGGAGAGAUGAACAGUCAGAGCGCCCGCAACGAAACGGCAGCUGCCGCGGUUAACGGCUCGGAUUCAACGGCAGCGGCUCCCCGAGACCGCAAACCCGGAGGCGGUGUUCUGAAAAGGCUGAAAUCGCGACGAAAUCAAGUGGACCGACGGCCUGUAACGGAGGAAGAGCUGCGGGCGCUGGGGAGAGACAUCACUCCGGAUGAAGUUUUGGGACUCCGCGCAGUCACUCGCGACUAUUUGUGUAAACCAGAGGACAACAUCUACAACAUUGACUUCACACGGUUUAAGAUCAGAGACCUGGAGACGGGGACUGUCCUUUUUGAGAUUGCCAAACCGCCACAGUGUGACCUUGAUGAGGAGGAUGAGGAAAACGGAGAGGUUGACACCAGUGCCGGGCGCUUUGUUCGUUACCAGUUCACACCUGCGUUCCUUAAGUUACGCACAGUUGGAGCCACGGUGGAGUUCACAGUUGGCGAUCGACCUGUUACCAAUUUCAGAAUGAUUGAGAGGCAUUAUUUUCAAGACCGCCUCCUGAAGAGUUUCGACUUUGACUUUGGCUUCUGUAUCCCGAACAGCCGGAACACGUGUGAACAUAUUUACGAGUUUCCUCAGCUCCCAGGUGACCUCAUUCGAUUGAUGACUGAGCACCCGUAUGAGACUAGAUCAGACAGCUUCUACUUUGUGGACAACAAACUCAUCAUGCACAACAAAGCAGACUACGCUUACAACGGGGGCCAGUAGUGCCUCUUCAACAGGAAACCUGACGAUUGUUUGUUGGAGUGACCGUGUGGUUUUGCGUGGAAUGCAAAUACAGGAACGCAACACACAGUGUUGUCCACCAGCAUUACGAUCUGGCUCCAUCGACCCACCCAACUGGAAAUGACCUUCCCUCAGUGAAGUUCCUGCACUCCAUAGACUGCACGCACUACUUGUGGGUUUGGCCAAAAAAGCGGAGCCUUUCUCCUCCGCCACACUUGACUAGCCGGAACUGAAGAAUUGUCCUGUCAUCCUGCUUUAGGGCGACUACAAUAGAGGAGUUUUGUUUUGUGACCUUUGCUGUCUUACUUCUUGCACCCACCACCUUUUGUCCUGUUUUGUGAGAUUUUUAAAACUCUGGAGUUGUAACAAACUAAAUCUUGAAUGUC